UUAUCUGUAGACCCCUCACCCCCAGCCCUUCUCCCUCUACACCCAACCCAGACCUCUUAUCUGCAGGGCCCCCAUCCUCUCUGUCUCCUGCUCCACCCAACCCAGACCUCUUAUCUGCAGGGCCCCCAUCCUCUCUGUCUCCCGCUCCACCCACUCUGCACUCCCUCAGGUCCACAUUCACUCUCUCACCUUCCAGCCCCACAGAGCCGGAGUCACCUCUGUUACCUCCCCGGGCCUCCAGGUUUAUUCACCCCCCCUCACCUCCCAAACACCUGCCUGACAGGUUGUCACCUCUGUUACCUCCCCAGGCCUCCAGGUUUAUUCACCCCCCCUCACCUCCCAAACACCUGCCUGACAGGUUGUCACCUCUGUUACCUCCCCGGGCCUCCAGGUUUAUUCACCCCCCCUCACCUCCCAAACACCUGCCUGACAGGUUGUCACCUCUGUCACCUCUCUCCCUGAGAUCUCAGUCAUCGCCAUCACCAUCAGAACCCUUAUCGUCCACCUUGCCAUACUCUCAGUCACCUAGGAAACAAUUAUCCAGCAGGUCACCCAGGAACCCUCUCUCUACCGUGUCACCAGGAAGCCCUGUGUCCUACAGGUCACCUCCAAAACCGUUAUCCACCAUGUCGCCAUCAACACCAUCACCUCCAGAUGCUCUGUCCUCUAGGAACAUGUCGAUUCCAUCACAAGACGAACCCCUAUCCACCCAGUCAGCCAUGUCACCCCACCCCUCUCCUUCUCCUUCCCUGAUGAGUGAUCCACCACCACACUCCUCUGAUACCCUGACAAACUACAGCUCCCAGCAGACACCACGGGUGCUCUCAGGGUCAGGGAUCAGAAAGUCACACAGUCCAGCCCUCUUUCCCAGGAUGCCUGCAACAGAUUUUGACAUGGAGUCAUCCAGUGACAGCCUGGGACUGACGCCCAGCGAAGAAGACUCCUCAGACGAGGAGAUGAAGAUGGAUGGAUGUUUAGAGGAGUGGAGCGGUAGAGCAGAGCACAGAUGCUCUGCCUUCCUCUCCUCCACCCUUCUCCCAGAGGGUUCCCCUGUCUUCCUAACAGCCCUGGACCCAGAACCAGAGACAGGAGAGCUGGUCCCAGAACCAUCCAUGGCGCUGGGUGCUGUGGCCCAGAGAGAGCCGUCCCAGGCGCUGCGUGCUGUGGCCCAGAGAGAGCCGCCCCAGGCGCUGCGUGCUGUGGCCCAGAGAGAGCCGUCCCAGGCGCUGCGUGCUGUGGCCCAGAGAGAGCCGUCCCAGGCGCUGCGUGCUGUGGCCCAGAGAGAGCCGUCCCAGGCGCUGCGUGCUGUGGCCCAGAGAGAGCCGUCCCAGGCGCUGCGUGCUGUGGCCCAGAGAGAGCCGUCCCAGGCGCUGCGUGCUGUGGCCCAGAGAGAGCCGUCCCAGGCGCGGAGCUUCUGUGGCCUGGAGGGCUUCCUCAUCCUGGGCCUGGUGGACCUCGGUUCUCCACAGCCCAGCCCACGUCCCACACAUUCUCACCCAGACACACAGGACAGCGUACACACACUCACAACAGGGGCAGACAGCUGGAUGCCCUGUAGCAGCCUCAGAGGCUGUGCUGAGGAACACCUGGUUACCACGGUGAUGAUGAACAGUCACGUAGCCACACCCACCCGGAGAGGAGCAUCCUCUGGUCAGGGGCUGUAUACAUCUGGUAGAUCUACUCCAAGGCUGUCCUCCCGUCCUACCAGUGCUGUGUUUCGCCCUGUCUCUGGCACCAUGUCCCAUCCCGUGUCCCGUCCUCUGUCUCGGGCGGCUAAGGAGAUCCUGGACAUCUGUCUAGUGGACCAGACCGGCUGUGAGGACCCUGACCUGGAGCAGGACGUAGACACACAGGCUCUCAGCAUCCUGGUGGAGGAGUUCAGAUUGAUGGCUGCAGAUUCAGAUCUGUCCCAGGUGUCCCCCUCUACGGGGGGCGGAGCUGAAACAGAGGGGCGUGUCAGGAGGCGGGGCUCCCUUCGACUCGGAGCCAGCGAGUGUCAUUCAGACGAGGAGGAGGAGACUCUGAGAGACCAGCAAAGUGUCCUGUCACUUCCUUGACCCAUUACACACUCACCAUGGUAACAUGCUCAGGACACACACUCACCAUGGUAACACACUCAGGACACACACUCACCAUGGUAACACACUCAGGACACACACUCACCAUGGUAACACACUCAGGACACACUCUCAACAUGGUAACACACACACACUCACGACACACUCAACACACAUACACAGGUCUACACUUCCUCUGGUACUGGUACUGGUACUGGUUGAGCUGAACCCCCACCAUGCAGGUCUACACUUCCUCUGGUACUGGUACUGGUACUGGUUGAGCUGAACCCCCACCAUGCAGGUCUACACUUCCUCUGGUACUGGUUGAGCUGAACCCCCACCAUGCAGGUCUACACUUCCUCUGGUACUGGUACUGGUACUGGUUGAGCUGAACCCCCACCAUGCAGGUCUACACUUCCUCUGGUACUGGUACUGGUACUGGUUGAGCUGAACCCCCACCAUGCAGGUCUACACUUCCUCUGGUACUGGUACUGGUUGAGCUGAACCCCCACCAUGCAGGUCUACACUUCCUCUGGUACUGGUACUGGUACUGGUUGAGCUGAACCCCCACCAUGCAGGUCUACACUUCCUCUGGUACUGGUACUGGUUGUGCUGAACCCCCACCAUGCAGGUCUACACUUCCUCUGGUACUGGUACUGGUUGAGCUGAACCCCCACCAUGCAGGUCUACACUUCCUCUGGUACUGGUACUGGUUGAGCUGAACCCCCACCAUGCAGGUCUACACUUCCUCUGGUACUGGUACUGGUUGAGCUGAACCCCCACCAUGCAGGUCUACACUGCUUUUCUACUGGACACCAAUGUCAUACCUUUAUUUUACGGAUCACAGAAGAAGAGAAUAAAGACAGAUGUUGCUGUAAUACUGCAUGUUGUGAUAUUCUCCUGUUUACAGUCGUAUGUCAUUCAACAGCUGUUGUGCUGUGAUAUAUAACAUGGCUCAUUUCAUAGGCCGUUUGAUUGGAUCCUUGUGUUCAGAAAGGUUGAAUAUUGGGUAAUGUGCAGUGCUGUGGUAUUGUAAUAAAAGUAGAUUAUUGGUU